UAAUUUUGUCUUGGCGGUUGAACCUGCGUCUGGGGUCCACUCUGUGUGAAGCCGGCCGAACACACGUAGGGAAGGACGACAAGGUCCACCACCGCACUCGCGAACACUCCUCGUGGCGGACAUCCGGACGAAAGCCGCGGGGAGAAUCGUAUCUCCCCGGUUUCUUGCAGCGGAUCCGGAGGAGCAGCAGGAGGAGAGGAACGAGUCGCAUGGGAGACAUGUGUGGGCUCGAGCGGGGCGAUGCGUGGAGGUCGUGACAGGCGGAGGAGGGCAUAGCUCGGGCGCGGAGCUUUGGCCAUGGCGGACUACCCGAGCCCAAUCCUCCUCCCACCCCUUCCUUCCGCCCCUCCUGCAGAAAACCCUAGCCUCCCGCCCAUCCGUUCACCCGCCUCGGAUCCCCCCGCGCGAGGGGCGCUCUCCACCCGGCGUGGUCGCGGUCUCGUCGCUGACUCCAAUCUCGUCGAUCAGGCCCCGGAGGCCCCUGCAUUGCCCUCGUUGUUGAAUCUCGCCGCCCGCCUGUUUGCUUCCUCUUUGGAUCUUGGGUCUCGGUUUCCGGUUAUUCUUGGGUUUCUUGAUUCUUGUUCGGAGGUUCUUGGAGAUGUCGGAGCGGCUGAAGUUUCUGUACAUUGUGGUGGUGGACGACGGCGAGACGGGAGGAGUCGGUGGCGAGAGAGGGAAGGGGAUGGCGAGCGAGGAUAACAGGAGCUUGUCGUUUCGGUAUACGCGGUCGGUGCUACAGAGCACGCUGCAGCUCAUGGGCUGCAAGGCACGUCAUGCCUUCAAGAUUAGCCGAAGGGUAUUUGAAGUGAUGAGGGAUGAGUCCUCAGUUGAUGAUUUGCCGUCUGAUGCCACAAGCUCAAAUGACUGGCGGAUUCCAUCCAAUGCAGAAUAUGAAUCUAAUGAAACUGGUGGAUUAGACCAGGCAAACAUGACUAAUGACUUGAUUCAAGAGAAUGUAGAUACGACUUGUGGAAUUCCUUUCGAAUUGUACAAAAGGCUAACAACUGUUGUUGUUUCACGGGAGCGCUUCUUGGACAUCGUCUGUGAUGCCCUUGCCCUGUACAAAUAUGUAGGUCGCAAUCAAAGAGCUGACUUGCUUCUGGCUUGCAGAAUUCGAGAAAGAAAGGAAUCUGUGACAGUUCUCUUGUGUGGCACUAGUGGCUGUGGCAAGUCUACUCUGUCAUCCUUGCUGCAGGGGGGAAGACUGGGUGUGACAACUGUCAUUUCUACUGACUCAAUACGCCAUAUGAUGAGGAGCUUCAUGGAUGAAAAACAAAACCCACUCCUGUGGGCUUCAACUUAUCAUGCUGGGGAAUGCUUAGAUCCGGUGGCAGUUGCUAAAGCAAAGGCUAAACGAAAAGAAAAGAAGCUUGCUGUUAUUUCGCACACAAAAGUCAAGGAAGAAGCAUCUGAUGGAGCUUUAAAUGAAAAAACUGGUGGCCGAUCUCAUGAACCCAUCCUUGGAACUGAGUUAAUCGGUAAAAGACAAAUGGCUAUCGAGGGCUUUAAAGCACAAAGUGAGAUGGUCAUAGACAGUCUUGAUCGUUUGAUCACUGCAUGGGAAGAUCGAAAAGAAUCUGUGGUUGUCGAGGGCGUCCACUUGAGCCUCAAUUUUGUGAUGGGGCUCAUGAAGAAGCAUCCUUCAAUAAUACCCUUCAUGAUUUACAUAACAAAUGAAGACAAACACAUGGAAAGAUUUUCUGUGCGUGCCAAAUACAUGACAUUGGACCCAGCAAAAAAUAAGUAUGUAAAAUACAUACGAAAUAUCAGAAAAAUCCAGGAGUAUCUCUGUAACAGGGCUGAUAAGCAUCUGGUUCCAAAAAUAAACAAUACAAAUGUUGACCGAAGUGUGGCAUCUAUCCAUGCCACAGUUUUUGGUUGUCUACGUAGGCGAGAGGCAGGAGAGCAGUUCUAUGACCCAGCUACAAAUACAGUUGCCGUGAUACUUGAAGAGUACAGAAACCAGCGUGCUGCAAAUUCUCUUAGCUCCAAGGGAAUGCUUCAGUUGAUCCAGAGGAAGGGUUCCUCAAGGCAUCUUAUGGCACUUCUGAACAUAGAUGGAUCUGUUGCCAAGGCUUGGCCUGUUCCGUUUGUUGAUUAUACUGGGAAGCCAUCGUCUGAAAAUUGGAACGAAAAGUGUGUGGGAAGCCCCAUGUAUGGCCCCUUACAAAUUGGGAAGGCUGAGCCAGUUAACCUUCAGUUUGGAAAUUUUGGAAUCAGUGCAUGGCCACGUGAGACAUGUGGUACAAGUCAAACAGGGAGCAUCGAUGGCUCAAGAGCUGAUGGCACUGACACUGGUAGUAGAUACGUUUCUUCAUGUUGUAGCUCUCCAAAAGCAUCAGAUGGACCUGCCAAAGAGCUUAAGGAGGAAUUUUUUGUAGCGGGUAGUGACGAAGAAGCUGAUGAUCCACAUGAUGGUGAUAGUGAUGAGGAUUUUAGUGAUAUAGACCACAAGGAGAUCCAUGAGGAGAUUGAAGGCUCGGUGGAGGAAGACUCUACCAAGUCGGAUGACGAGUUUGAUGACUUGGCCAUGCGAGAUGGCCUUGAUAAUUAUUAUUGGUCCGACGAUGAUGAGUCAACCAACUUGAAGAAAAUAGCAGACAGCAAGAUGGCAACAGAUGAUGGAGACGGUGUCAUGGCAAACAAAUACCAGCACAAUCUUGAGCUCUUUUUCAAGAUGAGUGAGCUGUUUGUCGGACCUCCUUACUCCGAUACCCUGCUUCCCCAGAGGAACUCGAGCACUAGUGACAUAAGAGUGAGGAGGCGUUCCUUGAGUGACUCCAUGUGUUUUGAAAGCCCGAUGCAAAGCAUUCCUGCGGUAGGACACCAGAGAGCACUGUAAUGGCUCAGUAAUUUUAGCAGCGACAUCGGCUCCGCUAAAGAAUUUGUACUGUCACUUUUUUCCCCUUGUAGUAAUUGCCAUGGCUCUCCUAGAAGACUGAUAUCUGUAAUAUCUUCUAUUCGGUUUUUCUAGGUUUUCUUGUGUUUUGCUUUUGCUUUGGCAGUUGUGGGUUGAAUGAUGAUGAUGAUGAUGGAGACCCUAAUAUAUGGAUUGAAUAAUGAUGAUGAUAAU